AGAGCCGGGCCGGGCCGGGCCGAGCGGGCGAUGCGGCGGCGGCAGCGGCGGAGCGGGCGGGCGGUGCUGCUGGCCGCGCUGCUCGUCCUGGGCACGGCCCUGGUGCUGCGCACGCUCCGCGCUACCACCGCCGCCGGGGUCCCCGCCGAACCCCCCAGGAACCCUCCCGCCCCGCCCGCGGCCCCCGCCCCGGCGGCGGGCGGCCCCUCCUAUGACCUACACGCCUUCUACUACGCCUGGUACGGCAGCCCGCGCUUCGAGGGCCGGUUCCGACACUGGGACCACGCCCUGGUGCCGCACUGGGACCCGCGGGUCUCGGCUGGCUUCCCCCGCGGCCGCCACCGCCCGCCCGACGACAUUGGCUCCAGCUUUUACCCCGCGCUCGGCCCCUACAGCUCCCGCGACCCCGCCGUGCUGGCUGAGCAUAUGAGCCAGCUCCGCGCCGCCGCCAUCGGAGUGCUGGUUCUGUCCUGGUACCCCCCUGGCCAAGGAGACGAUCCCGAGGAGCCGUCGGACAGCCUGGUGCCCGCCAUCCUAGACGCCGCGCAUAGCCAAGCCAUCCAGGUUGCCUUUCAUAUCCAGCCAUACAAAGGGCGUGAUGACCACACCGUGCAUGAGAACAUCAAAUACAUCAUGGACAAGUACGGAUCACAUGCAGCUUUCUACAAGUACAAGACCAGCACUGGCAGGACCCUCCCACUGUUCUACAUCUAUGAUUCCUACUUGACACCUCCUGAAUCCUGGGCCAACCUUCUCACCCCAUCUGGCUCCCAUUCUCUCCGCAACACCGCGUACGAUGCCGUGUUCAUCGCACUGCUGGUGGAUGAGGGACACAAGCAGGACAUCCUCUCAGCAGGCUAUGAUGGCAUGUACACCUACUUUGCAUCCAAUGGUUUCUCUUUUGGCUCAUCCCACCAGAACUGGAAAGCAAUCAAAACUUUCUGUGAUGCCAACAACCUGAUGUUCAUCCCCAGCGUCGGCCCAGGCUACAUCGACACCAGCAUUCGCCCCUGGAACAACCACAACACUCGGAACAGAGUCAAUGGGAAGUACUAUGAGACAGCUCUGCAAGCUGCCCUCACAGUCAGGCCAGAGAUUGUCUCCAUCACAUCCUUCAACGAGUGGCACGAAGGCACCCAGAUCGAGAAGGCUGUACCCAAGAAGACACCGACGCGCCUUUAUCUGGACUACCUUCCCCACCAGCCCAACAUGUACCUGGAGCUGACACGCAGGUGGGCAGAGCACUUCAGCAAAGAGAAGGAGCAGUGGCUGAUGUGACCUCAGCACUCACUCGGGAUGCCUUCCCUGUGCCACUGGCAGCGCAGGGCAGUGCUGUAGGAAAGCACUCAAGGAGAUUCAGCUGCAGAUCUGUCAGCCUGACCAAGUGCUGGGCAUGAGCAGCCACCCACCAGGACCCCAGGGACUGUGCAAGUGUCAGCCCCAGGCUCACAGAAGCGUUACAGGGAGAUCUGCCAGCAGCAGUCAGAUGUGCAGGUCUGGUGCAGGGGCCCCUUAUGGAGCUCCUCUGGAAUUCACAAGGGGUGCUUGGCUUGGGGACCAACAAUCUGGUGUGUUUGGUGGUGUUGGACGUGGUCAGCUGGGCUUCAGUACACUUCACCAUACGCUCUUGGCCCACUGCCUGCAGGGAUCACAGAUCCAUCCCUCUGCCAGCAACUGUCACAACAAAGAGGAGUAAAGACUCCUCCAGCUGAACAGUGUAGGUGACACUAAGCUGUGCUGUUACCCAUCCUCUACUUCACUCAGCCUCUCCUACACCAAGGAGUUCUGCGCUGGGCAGUGUCACUGUGGUCCCCUGUAUCCUAGUAACUACUGACAACUCGAGCUGGAACACCAGAGACUAUUUCCUGAUGCUACUGUAUGUGCUGGAAAGCAGGGGAAAAAAGCAGAGAUCUAGCCUAAAAGCUCUGAUUGUUUAAUG